GUUCCUUAGGGGAUUUUGGAUUUGAUUAGCGAAAUGUGACAAACACAAGAAAGAGAAGUGAAUGCCUCGGCGAGGGAGACGGAGACACUUGUUGCCGAGCGGCCCGACCGACCUGACGACACCGCCGCCGCCCUCCGCCGUGCAGCCCAAUGUAGAGCCUCAAGUCGAGCAUCGAGCAACGAGAUGGAAAACGGGACACCCUCCGUGGCCAGGUCGGCGCCGAUUCCCAUCGUGGUCAACUCCGAGCAGCGCAAGGAAACACGCAGAAUUUUCUUCGAGGGCUCCAACGGCCAUCAUCAGCACAAUGGUGCAAACGACGAGCCCGAGGAGGUCAUCGGCGGCACGGCGUCCUCUUUCACUGGCGCCAGCGGCACCCAAUUCACGGUGACAACCGUCCGAACACCGGACCCAGUGCCGGACACGAAACAAGAGCCCCUCUUGACGCCGCCGCACGGCCUCUGGAAUGCGUUCAACUUCUCGGACCCAGCAACCCAGCUGACUGUCCAGUCCAUCGCCUCCAUGGGCAUGGGAUGCACCGAUGGCAAGAAGCUGUACCUCCGCAGGGUGCCCACGACGGCGUCCGAACUCAUCAGCAUGGUCAACCCCAUCGCGAGGAUACCAGCAGAUGACGAUUCGUCGUGCAGUAGCUUCUCAGACAGCGUCGGUCCCCACGGGGGAACUUACCGGCUGCCCAGGAGACAGCACUGGUCCAGCAAAGUGGAAUUUGUGCUCGCUUGCGUCGGCUACAGCGUCGGCCUCGGCAACGUGUGGCGUUUUCCCUAUCUCUGCUACAAGAGCGGAGGAGGAGUUUUUCUAGUGCCUUAUUUUCUAAUUUUGGUGAUAUGUGGCAUUCCUAUGCUGUACAUGGAGCUUGCCGUCGGGCAGUACACAAGGAGAGGACCCAUUGGUGCCAUUGGCAAGCUUUGCCCCCUCUUGAAAGGAGCUGGUCUUUCAUCAGUCGUAGUAUCGUUUAUCAUGUCCACUUACUACAAUGUAGUGAUAGCCUGGGCGCUCUAUUACUUUUUCACCGCUUUCAAGUGGGACCAGCCAUGGAAGGAGUGCGGCCACCGGUGGAACUCGGACUCGUGCUGGCUCCCCUCGCCGCACGCAAACACGAGCAAGCCCAACGACUCGCACACCCCGUCGCAAGAGUUUUUUGACCGACGAGUGCUGCAGAUGACAGCAGGAAUUGACGACUCUGGAACGAUUCGAUGGGAGCUUGUGGCUUGCUUGGUCGUUGCCUGGCUGCUCGUUUACUUUUCUCUGUGGAAAGGCGUCAAGUCCUCUGGAAAAGUAUUCUACAUGACAGCAACAUUCCCAUAUCUGAUGAUUUUUGCAUUUCUCGCCCGCGCUUUGACUUUAGAAGGGGCCUUAGAGGGCCUUCGGUACUUUUUCCAACCGAAAUGGGAGCUCUUGGCCGGGGCAGAGGUUUGGAUUAACGCUGCAGCUCAAAUAUUCAACUCAAUGGGCAUCGCUUUCGGUUCUGUGAUAUCAUUUGCCAGUUACAACCGAUUCAACAAUCAAAUCGUGUUCGACACGUUUGCCGUGUCAUUAGUGAACGCGCUGACCAGCAUUUUGGUGGGCAUCUUUGCCUUCGCCACCAUCGGCAACAUAGCCUGGGAGCAGAAUACUAGCGUCGACAACGUAGUCACAGACGGCCCUGGGCUGAUUUUCGUCGUGUAUCCUCAGGCGCUGGCACAAAUGCCUCUGUCUCAAUUCUGGUCAGUGCUCUUCUUUUUCAUGCUGUUGUGCCUUGGUCUUGACAGUCAGUUUGCCAUUGUGGAGGUUGUGGUCACUUCCAUCAAAGAUGGAUUCCCAAAUUGGAUCAAACGCCAUAUGAAGUGCCAUGAAGUUGUUGUCUUUGUGAUUUGCCUUGUUUCGUUUCUCUUUGGCCUUCCAAAUGUGACCCAGGGAGGCAUCUACUUUUUCCAACUGAUAGACCACUACGCCGCUUCUAUCUCAAUAAUGUACGUGGCGUUUUUCGAGAUCAUCGCCGUAUCAUGGUUCUACGGAGCGGGUCGGCUGGCGCGAAACGUUCAAGAGAUGACAGGCAGACUGCCAUCACUCUACUUCCGCUUUUGUUGGUGGAUCGCCGCCCCUGUCCUCUUGAUGGCCGUGUGGGUGUUCAGUCUGAUCGACUACACGCGUCCGACCUUCAACAAUGGCACUUACCUGUACCCGCCGUGGGCAGAGGGCAUCGGAUGGAUUAUCGCCUCCCUGUCGCUCAUCUGCAUCCCCCUCAUGGCGAUAAUUGUCCUGGUUAGAAUGCCAGGAAAGUCUUUCUGGGAGAAACUGCGCAACUCUGUGAAAUCUCACAUCUACGAGUGUCCCGUUUGCGGGUCGUCCGACUUCUGCGAGCACGCGCCAGGGGACGAGAGAGUAGUGGACCCAGUCGAGAUGGAGCUGACUCCGAAGACAGCCAUGUCAUCGCCAAUGACAAAUGGACUAGAAAAAGUGUGACCAGCAAUAAUUAAUAUCUUGUAUCAACCAUCGCUCUGCUCGGAGCAUUGAAUUCUUCUUUCACCGCACUAGUAGUUUUAAUAAUCAUCGUAGACUGAUUCUCAUUUAAAGCGUUUACCUGUCAGCAAUACUUUGAAGUAGUCGUUUUAUUAAUUACAAUACGCACAAUUGAUACAAUUAGAAGUAAGUCAGAGCUUGUGUUUAGGCCCAACACUUUCUUUAAAGUAAUCAACCGCGAGGCCUUUCACUCAGAAUAUAACUCAAUGAACUGUAAUGUGACAAAUUUUAAAAUUUACGGACGUUUUAUUCAGCGACAAUAUUAGUUAUUAAGGUCAUCACCAUGUGCACGCAAUUAUUUACCAAAUUUCACUGUGCAAUACAGCAAUAAUUAAAAUAUCUCUUUUGAACUUAAAUUGCAGAUAGAUUUUACGCAAACAACGUAAAGAUUGGGCCUCUUUGAUAAUGUCAGCCAUGAGCCCAAAUGUAUUAAUGAUCUUUUGAAUAUUUUUUGACGGCAUCAAACUAUCAAAGAUGUUGCCGCUGGAAUUGAUAAUAUUAAAUAAAUAUCAUCUGAGAAAAUAUUUUUAAAAAUGUCAAAGAAUGUGCAAUAAAAGUUAUUAUUAACCUGACAAAAA